CGGUCGUCCGACAGCGGCCUCCCAUUGGUUUUGAUCUGCUGGAAGGCGGGGAGAAGGGGCGGGACGUCAGUCGGACGCCUGGCCAAUCGCCGGGCCCACCGCGAGCGCCCCUGGUUGCCCCUGGAAACCGAACAGCCGGGAGCUGCGCUCAGCUGCGCGGGCCGAGUCCGGGAAAGAUGGAAGGCCACUCGGAACAGCCUAGGGACUCGGAGAAGGAACACGGAGAUGUGGCGAGCCUGGCCCCGCGGCCGUCCGGGGUCAAGGCCAGCUCUGGCCCCCAGUCCCCAGCCGAGCCCGCGGAGCCGAUAGCCGUAGAGACUUCAGAGAGAACUUCCGCCGCGGUCGAGCCCGCCGAGCCCCCGGAGCCGGCCGAGUCGGACAAGCCGGCCGAGCUCGCCGAGCUCGGGGAAGGGCCGUUGGCCACCGAAGCUGAGGGGCCCGGAGAGCGGGAGCGGCCGGCCGAGGCCGAGGCCGAGCCUGAGCCUGAGAAGCCGACCGAGGAGCCAGCCGAGCCGGGGUCCGAAGGCGGGCCCGGGCCCGAGGAACCGGAGGAGAAGAGAGAAGAGGCGCCCGAGGAGGAAGAGGCGGAGACACCCAAGGAGGCGAGGAGUAAGAAAGCCUCGUCGCAGGCUUCGGUGCGGCGGUCCGCGACCAGCCAGGAGGAGGCUGUACUCGUCCCGGAGGCUGAGCGCGAGGAGCUGGAGGAGGAGGAGGAGGAGGUGGUGGAGAGCGAGGUGAGCGCGAGGAAGAGCGUGGAAGGAAGUGAGAAGGGGCUGGACGAGGAACUCAAGGAUGCGGAGUUGGAGUGGACUGAGGAGGUGCAGAGGCAGCAGGAGCAGCAGCUGCGCUCCGAGCUCCUGGAGCAGUACCGCACCCUGAGGGUGGAGCGGAGCCACUACCAGCGCUACAACAUCUACCUGCAGCACAAGAUCUAUGAGGCGCUGCGCAAGAAGAAGGGCCUGGAAGCGGCCGAGGUGCCCGAGAAGGGCGCCGAGCCCGAGGCCCCCGAGAAGGAGGAAGCCUACCUCCACUAUCUGGCCCUGCUGGAGGAGCUCAGGAAGCAGGAGGCCGACGACCUGGACUGGUACCACCAGGAGCUGGACCAGCUGAAGCAGCAGUGCAAGGAGAAGGUCUCCAGCGUGGAGAAGGAAUGGCGACGAUUCCAGGCACUCAAGAAGCAGGUAGUGCUGCAGGCCAUGGGCAGCUGUCGGCUGAGGGGCGGUCGCCAGGCUGCCCUGCGGGAGGUGGAGCAGAUCCAGGCGCUGGAGGACAAGAAGGAGAAGGAGAUGAGUGCCGUGCGGCUGGAGAACGUGCAGCUGAAGCAGAGCCUCGUGCAUUUUGAAACCAGGAUGCGGACCCAGGAGGACACGUCCGACGGCUUGCUCCUCAUCGACUUUGAGCAGCUGAAGAUUGAGAACCAGACCUUCAAUGAGAAAGUGGAGGAGCGAAACGAGGAGCUUUUGAAACUGCAGGGCAAGGUGAACAACAAUGUGCAAAUCAUCACCCACGUGAAGGAAAAGUUGCACUUUGUGGAUAUUGAAAAUAUGAGCAAAAAGGCGCAGCUUUUGGAGGUCGAGGCUCAGGUGGCCCUAAGGAGGGACAUCCUGACCAAGACGAAGCAAGCUCGAGACAACCUGCGGAUCGACAACAUCAAGCUGAACCAGAGGUGUGGGCUCCUGGGCAAGGAGUCUCUCCUCCGGGACAUGGAGGAGAAGGUGGGCAGGACCGAACAGCUUCAGCAGCACUUGGAAAACCUGCAGCGCCACCACGCUGGGCUGGUUCUGUCCUGCCGGGGGGUGAAGCAGAAGAUCCGGGAAGCCAGGGCCUUCCUCCCCUCCUGACGGGCUCACCUCGGCAGACGCUAUUGUCGGUUAACUUUUAUUCUCCAUGUGUUGCCAUUCUUUAAAAGGCUUGUGAUAUUUAGGAUGGAACUACAUUUUGUAUUUAUCUCAUACUCUUUCAGCUUCCAAAUGAGUGAGUGGUGGGCACAAAAUUGGGUUAGCAGUGGGUUUUAUUAUAGGGUCAAGCAAAGCAGGUCCAGAGGAACAAACAAUAGGUGAUGUGCCCCCCUUCUCAUGAAACACUGUCGAUAGUCUUUUAUAUCUGAGCGACUCCAUCAUCUCAGCGACCUGAUGCUAAGGAGAACUGCCCCCUCCCCCAUGUCGGAGGGGCAGCCAGUGGGCAGGAUGUCCCCAGUUCCUGUGCCGAUUAUUAAAUCUCUGCAUUAAACUGUG